AGAAGAGCCAACAAGAAGGACAAAUUGCCGCAGGAAGUGAAUCUCUUCAUGAAGGGCUUCUGGAUGAGAGCUCCCAGCAGAGCGAUCUUCGGGUUAAUGUUAUGGAGACAGCUACUGGGAAGAUGUUAAUAGGUGAUGAUGCACCACUGGCUAGUCAAUUAGAAGCUUGGUUGGAGAUGAAUCCUGGCUUCGAAGUAGCACCAAGAGAAAACAGCGAUGAAGAAGCGAGCAGUGAUGGAGAAUAUUCAUCUGAGGAAGAAGAAACAAAAGAAACACAUUCUUCAGCUAAUGAAACUGCGGAGAAUAAACCAAAGGAAGUAAUACAGGCUGCACAAGCUGAAGAUGACGAAUACAAGAAUUUCCCUGGUGGCUACCAAAAUUACUACAACAUUGCUCAUGCUAUCAGGGAUGAAGUUAAAGAACAGUCAGCUUUGUUGGUGAAUGGGCAGCUGAAGGAGUAUCAAAUUAAAGGCUUGGAGUGGCUGGUUUCCCUGUAUAACAACAACCUCAAUGGUAUUUUGGCAGAUGAAAUGGGCUUAGGAAAAACCAUUCAGACCAUUGCUCUUAUUACCCAUUUAAUGGAAAAAAAGAGAGUUAAUGGACCUUUUCUCAUUAUCGUCCCACUCUCGACCCUUUCAAACUGGAUGUUGGAGUUCGACAGAUGGGCACCUACAGUGAUUAAAGUAGCCUACAAAGGAUCUCCUAACAUCAGGCGACAAAUUGCGGGACAGAUGAGAAACAGCAAACUGAAUGUUCUCCUGACAACGUAUGAGUAUGUCAUCAAAGACAAAUCAGUUUUGGCAAAGAUUCGCUGGAAGUACAUGAUUAUCGAUGAAGGACAUCGAAUGAAGAACCACCACUGUAAGCUUACCCAGAUAUUGAACACGCAUUACACUGCACCACAUCGUCUUCUACUCACAGGAACUCCACUGCAGAAUAAACUUCCAGAACUCUGGGCUCUUCUAAACUUCCUUCUCCCAAGCAUCUUUAAAUCUUGUGCUACUUUUGAACAGUGGUUUAAUGCUCCUUUUGCUACUACUGGAGAGAAGGUGGAAUUAAACGAAGAAGAAACCAUCCUAAUCAUUCGACGACUCCAUAAAGUGCUACGUCCUUUCUUACUGAGACGCAUGAAGAAAGAGGUGGAAUCUCAGUUGCCGGAAAAGGUUGAGUAUGUUGUCAAGUGCGACAUGUCUGCCCUUCAACGGCUGCUAUAUCAACACAUGCAGAAUAAGGGUAUACUUCUGACUGACGGGUCAGAGAAGGACAAAAAGGGCAAAGGUGGAACUAAGACUCUAAUGAACACAAUCAUGCAGCUGAGAAAGAUCUGUAAUCACCCUUUCAUGUUCCAACACAUUGAAGAAGCUUAUGCUGAACAUCUAGGAAUAUCUGGGGGAAUAGUUCAUGGUCCUGACAUCUACAGAGUUUCUGGGAAAUUUGAACUUCUUGAUCGUAUAAUCCCUAAACUAUACACCAUGAACCACCGUAUCUUGCUCUUCUGUCAAAUGACAUCUUUAAUGACAAUUAUGGAGGAUUACAUGAAUUAUAGAGGUUAUAUGUAUUUGCGUCUGGAUGGUACAACCAAAGCUGAGGACCGAGGUCAACUCCUGGCAAAGUUUAAUGACCCCGGCUCUAAAUAUUUUGUGUUUCUUCUGAGUACCCGAGCUGGUGGACUGGGUUUGAACCUUCAAGCUGCAGACACUGUCGUUAUAUUUGACUCAGACUGGAAUCCACACCAGGAUUUACAAGCUCAAGACAGAGCCCAUCGAAUUGGACAGCAAAACGAAGUACGGGUGCUGAGGCUGGUUACUGUAAACUCGGUAGAGGAGAGGAUCCUGGCAGCUGCCAAAUACAAAUUGAACUUAGAUGAAAAAGUCAUUCAGGCUGGAAUGUUUGAUCAGAAGAGCACUGGAAAUGAGAGACGACGGUUCCUGAAAGCUAUUCUUUCUCAAGAUGAAGGAGAUGAAGAAGAAGAAGAUGAGGUCCCAGAUGAUGAAACUAUAAAUCAAAUGAUUGCUCGAAAUGAAGAGGAGUUUGAAUUAUUUCAGAAAAUGGACCUGGACAGAAGAAGAGAAGAAGCACGUAAUCCAAAACGGAAACCUCGUCUUCUGGAAGAAGAUGAGCUUCCAGCUUGGUUAGUGAAGGAUGAUGCUGAGGUGGAGAGACUGACUAAUGAGGAAGAGGAAGACAAGUUGUUUGGACGCGGAUCUCGUCAAAGAAAAGAAGUAGAUUAUUCAGACAACUUGACGGAGAGACAGUGGCUAAAGGCUAUUGAAGAAGGUAACCUUGAAGAGAUGGAAACUAGACGCAGAGUAAGGAAACAGCAGCAAGCUCCCAAAAAACGAAAAAGAGAGCUGGAGUUUGAUGACACAAAACCUAAAAAGAAACGUGGCAGGCCACCUUUGGAGAAAAUGUCUCCAAACCCUCCAAAAUUAACAAAACAAAUGAAAAAACUGAUCGAUAUUGUUAUAAAAUACAAAGACAGCGAUGAUCGGGUGUUAAGUGAAGCAUUUAUGUUGCUUCCACCGAGAAGAGAGUUUCCAGACUAUUAUGCUGUUAUCAAGAAACCUGUGGAUCUUCGCAAGAUUAGGCAAAGAAUUAGAGAACACCGUUAUCGUAACCUGGAUGAUCUGGAAAAUGACUUCAUGGUUAUGUGCAAGAAUGCCCAGACGUAUAACGUAGAAGGUUCUAUGAUCUACGAGGACUCUAUCGUUCUUCAAUCGGUCUUCACCAGUGCAAGAGAAAGGCUCGAAAACGAUGGAGACUUGGCCUUGGCUGGCAUGGAAGAGGAAAGUGAACCUGAAAACCCUGAUGAUCUGAAUAAUGGUGGUGCUGAUGACGACCAGCAAGACGACUGUGAUGACGAUGAAGAGGAAGAAGAAAGUCAAAGUAUGAAAGUGAAAAUUCGGCUGAGCAAGGGUGCUGAUGGUCCUUCCAAAAAACUAAUGAAUGUAGGUAGAAGUUUCAGUUUGGAUAUUACAGACCACUGACAACAUUGCAUGUAAAAAUGAAGGAAAGUGAAAAGGCAAAAAGGAGGAAAGGACGACCUAGCAAACGAUAUGUCAGUGAUGAUGAGGACUCAGAUGAAAGUGAUGAGUGAGAGGUGGAUUAUGAAGUUUCUAAAGAAACGGCCAAGUCUCAAGAAGGAGCUAUGUUUCCAUCGUCUUUGUAACAUUGUUGAGCUUCACAACCUGCUUAUUUAUAGUUCAAAUAGAAUAUAAUGUUAAAAUUGUACAUUGUGAGUCUCUGCAAAUUUGUAGCGUGUGUGUAAUAAUUAUUGAAUUACAACACUUUGCUUGUGAAAUUCCACUUUUUCCUAAAUAGGCUUAUUCUAAGGUGGCUUAAGUAUUACGAUAAAUAUCAUGAUUUUUAAUUAUGAA